CGUAUUGGAUACAUCCGUCGGCUGGCAACCGUCUGCUGCUAGAUUGGCGCUCCGAGUGGCGCGUAUCUACCGAUCUGUACUAAUUGUCUUUUGGCUCGGAUAGUCAGUUGUCUUAUGAUUAAAUAAUAGUGUCGGAACUAACCCAACCGCUUAGCAAACGGUAGUAUCUAGAGAAAACAACAGGGUCGCAAAAGCGCUGCAGCAAGUGUUUUGGAGCAAGCGAGAGGCAGUCUAACAACAGAAUACAAAUACCUCAAUAUUUUCCAAUCGCGUUCGCGUAACACAAAAAAUAAUAGGUGAAGCAACAACAAUUCAAAAUAUUACGAAAAUACGCCAGGAAAAAAAAAAGAGAUAAAUUUCGAUGCACUAAAGCGAAGAAAGUAUCUUCUGUUUAUUUAUGUUGAACGUGUGAGUGGGGGGUACAAACAGCUGUUGGGGCAACAAAAGUAUCAACCACAUAAAAAUCUUUUAGUGUUGAAUACAUUUCGACAGCAGCCACAAGCGACGACAAUACUGAAAUUCUCUCAUCCUAUCUCUCAUUUGCUGUUCUCAAAAAUCGUCGAUUUUUUAUUCUCCCACUGGAAUUAAGUUGCCAAACCACACUCGCUCAGAGGCAAAUGAGUUAUUCUGAUUAGAAACAAAAACAGCCGAAAAACUACCGCAGCAUGUAUUUACGGGAAAUGCUCCUACUGGCCUGCCUAGUGCUGCUGUUCGGGGGACUGCCACAUCUCACUUCCCCCACAACGACAACCACUUUGGUCGCCGCCAUGUCCAUAGCCAAUCAGGACUUGGAGCGCUACUUCAGGCCGGGAAACGGCACGCACACCUUCUCCAGCAUGGAGGACCGCAUUGCAGUCGAUGUCUACAACUACGCCUUUCUCAACUGGUCGUAUGUGGACCACGGCAACACGCUGUGCACUAUGGACUUUGCCCAGGAGCAGGCUCGCUACGGAGAGGGCAAGGUGUUGAACGUCACGGGGCGUCUGAUCCACAUCAGCGCCACGGACAACGUCAGUGACGACUACGCCUGCACACCAUACAUCCGGGGAACUCUAGGAGCCCCAACGCCAGACAAGGGCCCCUGGAUAGCGUUGGUCCGCCGGGGGCGCUGCACCUUCGAGGAAAAAGUUAAACAUGUUUACCAGCAGAACGCAGCCGGUGUCAUUAUCUACAACGACAAGCAAGUGAUGCAGCUGGAGAAGAUGCAGAUCAAGGGCAAGACAAGAAGCAUAGCCGCAGUGAUAACUUAUCAGAAUAUUGGACAGGACCUGGCCAUGACACUCGACAGGGGCUCCAAUGUGACCAUUUCCAUUAUCGAAGGACGACGGGGAGUACGCACCGUCAGCAGCGUGAAUCGGACGUCAGUGCUGUUCGUGUCCAUAGCAUUCAUCGUUUUGAUGAUUAUUUCGCUGGUUUGGCUCAUAUUCUACUACAUUCAGAGGUUCCGUUACAUGCAGGCAAAGGAUCAACAAUCGCGCAAUCUGUGCUCUGUCACCAAAAAGGCCAUCAUGAAGAUUCCAACAAAGACGGGGAAAAUCAGCGACGAGAAGGACUUGGACAGCGACUGCUGCGCCAUAUGCAUCGAGGCAUAUAAGCCCACGGACACCAUACGGAUAUUGCCGUGCAAGCACGAGUUCCAUAAAAACUGCAUCGAUCCAUGGCUCAUCGAACACCGAACAUGCCCCAUGUGCAAGCUCGACGUGCUCAAGUUCUACGGAUAUGUGUUUCUAGGCAGCGAGGAAAGUAUUCUGGAGUACCAGCCGGAUCCCCCACAGGUUCUGACAAUUGUGGAUGCGGGAAACGGCUCUACGGAGCCUGGAGCUGAAGCGGCUCAAACAAGGCCCGGCGCCUUGGCAGAUCUCAUUCGAAGCCGCGACUUCGUAAUCGACUUCCCGCGUGUAUUUGUCCUCGACAGCGGCAGUGUUGUGGGAGCCCGCGAAACGCUGUUUCCGACCCGACUCCCCGAACGCUCGCAGAGCUCCCUGUCGCUGAGGCAAGCCCGCGACUGGAUGAGCCUGAUGAGCAACAAGCUCGAGGAGCAGCAGGGUCUGCGCCGCCUGCGCAAGGAUGAAAUGCAGCAGCAACUUCUUAGUGCGCGGGAGUCAGCACGCCACCGCCGGUCGCGCUCUGCGGAUGGACGCUACUCAACUGGAUGCUUCGGGGGUCGCCAGCGCCAGCCCUCUGUGCAGGCAUCUGGCCAGGGGCAGCCCCAGUUCCCAGCCGAUGUCGCCCAGCUCCGGCGCACCAGCUCCACGCAGGCCUUGCAGCAGUUGACGGACGCCGCCUACGCCCAGUCGCGGCAGAGGCAGCGGGAAGCCUUCGACUUCGCCAGGACGCGGCGUCGCUUCGUGAGACGCGAAAGCGACGAGAUAUCCUUGCGCUCACUACCCAGGCGAGGAGUGGCCCCUGCUCCUCCCCUGCAGUUGCAUCGGGAGAGAGAGCACGAUGUGACCAGUGAUCAGAUCACCAUUCAAGUGAAUGGUGAAGGCGUCGAUCUCAAUGAGUGAUUAAAGUUGCUUACGCUUAUUCGCCGAAAUUAUUGUAUAAAAUAUAUAAUGCCUAUCUUAGAAUCUGUUAAAAUAA